AUGGCAAACCAUGGUGAGAACUGGUGGCAGCAAUGGGACGAGUGGAGGGACGACGACUGGACCCGGAGCGACGACAAUCAGGACUGGUGGGGAGAAGAUGCUGCUGGUCACGGUGAUACUGCGGCGUCAAGCUCAGCAGCAAGGCCAAAGACGGCCCCGAGGUCAAGCUCAGCAAGGCCCAAGCAGGCCCCGAAGUCAAAAGCAAAAGCAAAGCCCGCGGCUGCGCCUAACUCCCGGGAUAGGCGAGACUUUGAGCGGUGGAACAGCGACCACCGCAAGAUGCUCCUCGCACAGGAAGAGCUGCGGAGAGCAGAGGAGAGGGUCGAGGCGGCCGAGGGCGAGAUCUGGUCUCUUGAGAUAGAGAGAGACCAGGCGAAGGAGCAGCUCUCGUCCCAGAGGAGCAGAAACGAGGGUCUCCUCAGAGACGUCGCAAAGGCGAUGGCUGGCAAGGUGGAGGCGGAGCGGCAGCGCGAUGGUGCGAAAGCAGACACGGUCCGAGCGCUCGCCGACAAGGCCACAGCCGAGAGAAAGCUGGACACGGCGCGGCAGGAGUUCAAACGGGAGACGGACCAGGACCGAGCCCAGAUCAAGGCAUUGACAGAAGCCAACAAAGCGAUGAAGCGCGACUUCGACGCCUUCAAG